UCUCCGAAGAGGGAUUGGAACCUAGACCUUCCCCAGGGAGGGGACGCUGGAGGCUGCUGACGGAGGAGAGAGUGGAGGAGGGAAGAAAGACCGGCUAGAUAGGCAGCUACUUUGGUCAACAAGAGCGUUCAGGAGCUGUCACCAGGCCAAGUGUGAAGUGUGGAGCAGAGAAUUCCUGCUCCUGCUCGUCAAACACUGUUAGACGGUCGGUCUAGUGUCCUCAUCCUCUUUCUCCAAAUGAGGAAAGUGGGACUCAGGGAAAGUGAUUUGUUACGCCCGCCGCUGGGAGUAAUCACGGCAAAGGAGGAUGCUUUGUACAGAAGAAAACAGAGAUUCCUACUUUGUGUCUGACUACGACCCCACCAUUGAGGAUUCCUACACGAAGAUCUGCACCAUUGACGGCAUCCCAGCGCGGCUGGACAUCCUGGACACUGCAGGUCAAGAGGAAUUUGGUGCCAUGCGGGAGCAGUAUCUGCGAGCUGGCAGCGGCUUCCUGCUGGUGUUUGCCAUUAAUGACCGGCAGAGUUUCAAUGAGGUAGGCAAGCUCUUCACUCAGAUCCUCAGAGUCAAGGACCGAGACGAUUUCCCCAUUGUGCUGGUUGGGAACAAGGCAGAUCUGGAGACACAGCGCCAGGUCCUCCGAUCUGAAGCGUCCUCUUUCAGUGCUUCCCAUCACAUGCCUUACUUUGAGGCCUCAGCCAAAUUGCGUCUGAAUGUCGAUGAGGCAUUUGAGCAGCUGGUCCGGACUGUCCGGAAAUACCAGGAGCAAGAACUCCCUCCCAGCCCACCCAGUGCCCCCAGGAAGAAGGACGGGGGUUGCCCCUGUGUCCUGCUGUAGCCAAUAGCCCCAAGCGACCAGCAGACCAGCACAAGCUCUCCCGGGACCAGCUGCCUCACACUUGCCGUGUGGCCUGAGGCUCUAGCUGAGUCUCAGUCUCCUCCUCCGGGGCCCCAGGACACACUACACCCUCUGCCUUCCCUCCUGGCCUCCUGGGGCUAUCACUGAGUGCCUUCUGUCAAUGGCUCCUUUCCCCACCCAAGACCCCGGUGGGGUGAGGAGCUCCUCAUCACUGCUGUAUAUAUGUCCCACCUUUCAGAAGAAUAAAUGUCACUGCCUACAACA